CCCGCGAGUUGUGUAGAAGCGCUUCUGAAGAGGCAGGCAUCAUCUCACCAGCACUCUGUUUACAGCCACUGACCUCAGCACAGCAGCAGAGAGCAUCAUGGGAGGAGCAGUGGUUGAUGACGCACCUCCUGGGGUGAAGGCACCAGAUGGAGGCUGGGGUUGGGCGGUGUUGGUCGGCUGCUUCGUCAUCACCGGUUUCUCCUACGCUUUCCCAAAGGCUGUCAGCGUCUUUUUCAAGGAGCUGAUCCGAGAGUUUGGUGUCGGCUACAGCGACACCGCCUGGAUCUCAUCCAUACUGCUCGCCAUGCUGUACGGCACAGGUCCUCUGUGCAGCGUGCUGGUGAACAGGUACGGCUGCCGGCCGGUGAUGAUGGUUGGAGGUGUCCUCGCUUCACUGGGAAUGACUCUGGCCUCUUUCUCCACCAGCAUCAUCCACAUCUACCUCUGCACCGGAGUGAUCACAGGUCUGGGUCUGGCACUGAACUUUCAGCCGUCUCUCAUCAUGCUGAAUCGAUACUUCAGUGAGAAACGUCCUCUGGCUAACGGCCUGGCGGCAGCAGGAAGUCCUGUGGCUCUGUGCUGCCUCUCCCCUCUGGGACAGGUUCUCCAGUAUCAGUACGGCUGGAGGGGGGGGUUCCUCAUACUGGGAGGGAUGCUGCUCAACUGCUGUGCCUGUGCUGCCCUCAUGAGGCCCUUGUUACCCCCUAAGAAGCCACAAGAGCUGGAGAUGAGCGACCCCACAGCUGCAGAGGAGGAGAAGAAGCCCCAGACGAAGAAGAAGUUGUUGGACUUCAGCGUGUUUAACGACAGAGGAUUUCUUAUCUAUACCAUCGCAGCGUCCAUCAUGGUUCUGGGCUUGUUUGUGCCCCCUGUGUUUGUGGUCAACUACGCUAAAGCCCUCGGCAACGAGGACACCAAGUCUGCGUUGCUGCUCACCAUCUUAGGAUUUGUUGAUAUGUUUGCUCGACCCACGUGUGGACUCAUAGCAGGCAUGAAGUGGGUACGGCCAAGAUGUGUCUACCUCUUCAGCUUUGCUAUCAUCUUCAAUGGAUGCACCGACCUCAUCGGAUCACAGGCGACCGACUACACAGGUCUGGUGAUUUUCUGUAUCUUCUUCGGCAUGUCCUACGGCAUGGUGGGAGCGCUGCAGUUCGAGGUCCUCAUGGCUAUUGUCGGGACGGAGAAGUUUUCCAGCGCCAUCGGCCUGGUGCUGCUUAUGGAGGCCAUCGCUGUACUUGUGGGACCCCCUGGAGCAGGUCGCCUCUUGGACGCCACCAAUAAGUACAUGUACGUCUUUCUGUUGGCGGGCUGCGAGGUCGUGCUGUCGGCCAUCGUCAUCGCUUUGGGAAACUUCUUCUGCAUCAGAAAGAAACAGGAAGAUCCCGAGGCAAAGAUGGAGAUGGCUGUGAGCGCUGCAGAGAGGGAUGGACUGAACCCCGGAGUGGAGAAAGGGGAGGACGAGGAAGGAGAAGAGGAGCAGAAGGGAAUGGAGAACGGGAGUAUCAGUGGUGAGAAAGUGUGCAAGGAUGCGGUGAUGGUGAAGGAGAACGGGAAGAGGGUUGAAGAGGAAAACACAACUAUAUGAAGAGUUGGAGUAGCAGAAAUGAGACUGUGCAUCAAGAGGACAACAAACAAAGGAAAGAGGAGGAUCUGUGGCAAAGAGAUGGACGAAGGAGCACAGAGAGGGAGAGGGAACAAAGUCGGAUUUCAUAUGAGGGAUUCAAAAAGGCAGAGAGGGUAUUAACAAAUAGUUUCACAUGAAUCAGUUAUUUUCAUAGACUGUACAUAAGAUAGCAUCCAUCUGUGGACUCUUAUUUAGAAGCCCCGUCAGCAUCUUUAAAUUUGGAGCCAGGAGUCACCAAAUGAAGACAAGAGAGUGAAGAUGGAGAGUAGGGAAUGGUUAGCAAAGGCCAAAUAAUCACUGUUAGCAUGGUUAGCAAGAUGCAUCCAUAAUUUACAGGAAAUGUUAAGUUAAUAGGGACACUAACCAUAUCUAGUAAAAAAGAAUUGGAACGCUGUCUCCCCAAAGCAUCUUUUAGUUAAACACAGAGACUGCAACAAAAGAAAGACGACACAAAUGCGUGACGAAAAUAAAGCCGAAACAUUUAGAUCUCCCCCUAAUGAGUUGAGUUAAUACAGAUGGAGACGUCUUCUACUUCUUAUAUACAGUCUGUGAAAAAUACAACAUGUUGAUGUUUGUACAUUACUGUGAUCUUGAAGGAGUUUAUCAACAAGUGACGGUACAGUCUACAUGCUGCAAUAAUUAUUUUGGCCGUGGAAAUGCACCACAUUACUGGAAACACACCAGCUCCUCAUGUUGAAUAGCUUUUCUAUAACGCUGCCUAGAACAAAGAUAGAGUUUGAGUUUUGUGCACUUUAAGCAUUCUUGUUUCUAAGACAGAUUUUAUGUUUUCUAAUUAGGACUCUUGCUAUUCUACUUUCUAAGAAAAAUAUCUCAAACAUACCUCCUGACUACAUUUUCUUUUCAACAAUAUCUUGGAUAAUUUCCACGAAAUCUGCCUUCUCACUUUAAACAAUCAGGCAUGGUACAAGACAGCCCUUCCAAAAGGGGGCGUGGUCACAGCUCAUUUACAUUUAAAGGUACAGACACAGAAACAGCUUGUUCUGAGCAGGGCUGAAAUAGAGGGGUUUAUAGGCGUGAUCAAAUACAGGAUCAGAGUGGAUUUAGAACAAGACACUUCACACACAUUUUGGAGAGCUCUGAGACUAAACUUCUAAUUUAACUAACUAUCUAAUUAAUUUUUUAGGAGGCUGGCUAGAUGUUUAGAAAA